AUGCCUUCCGCUCCUUCCAACCUCUUUGUCGCCCCUCCAUCCGUCCUAUCUCGCGCUCUGCUACGGCGACCUGCCCAGCGCUCAUCACAAAACCGAAAUUUCGGCAUCAAGUCAAUAGACCCGCCGAGACCCAACCCAUACAAUGUCGUUCCGGGAAUCAAGCCUUUACUAUCUACACAAGCCGCAGCUUUCCAGCGAAGAAUAGCGUCAGACACACUACCGUUACGGACCGGAGCUUUAGCCGUCAAAAAGGGCAUGACAGCCGUUUUCGACGUCCAGUCCGGCAAGCGCAUACCUUGCACAGUCCUACAGCUGGACCAGAAUGAAGUGGUCAGCCACAAGACGAGAAGGCGGCAUGGCUACUAUGCUGUUUGCGUGGGUUGUGGAUCGAUUAACUCGAAGAACGUAACGAAACCGAUGCUGGGCCACUACGCUGUUCAAGGCGUCAGUCCCAAGCAGCAUCAGCGCGAGUUCCGCGUCCGCAACAAGGAAGGCCUGCUACCUGUUGGCGAGGAGAUCCGGGCGAACUGGUUCAUCGAGGGACAAUUUGUGGACACACGGUCGAAUUGCAAGGGUAAAGGCUUCGCAGGGCCGAUGAAGAGAUGGGGUUUCAAAGGGCAACCGCGAAGUCACGGUCACUCGAAAAGUCACAGAUCGCACGGUUCGCUGGGCCAGGGCCAAGGGGGUGGUUCUCGUGUGUACCCUGGCAAGAAGAUGGCUGGUAAUAUGGGUGGACAGAGGAACACGGUGCAGAGUCUGAGGAUUCUGCAAACAGAUGCCGAUAACGGUAUUGUGGUGGUGAAUGGUGCUGUUAGCGGGCCCAAAGGAACCUUGGUCAUGAUACAAGACGCUCUGAAGAAAGCGUGGCCUACAGUUCCCGAACCACCCACGCCGGAAGAAAUUAACGCCAAACUGAGGGAGGCUGUGGAUGCAAAGGCCUGA